AUGGACAACGUGCCAAGCUGGGUGCUGAAGGCUGCCGUUGCCUCGUUGGGGGCUGUGGCUGUGCUCGCCCUGUUGAGGCGGCAGCAGCUGCAGGCCAAGAUUCAAGAGGCAGAGGUGGCGCUGAAGAAGGCCGAGCCGGCGCCAGCUCCCAAGGCCGCCAAGCCCAAGGAGGAGGUGGCGCUGCAGAUUGCGCAGGCAGCUGGGCUUCAGGGCAUCGCCGCCCAGAAAGCUGCGGCGAUAGCCGUGAACGGCCAACAGCCUGGAGCCCCCGACCUGAGCAUACCGCUGGAGAAGGACAUUGAGCGGCGCCUGAAGGAGAAGUACGCUCCAACGUACCUGGACAUCGAAAACCAAGGCAACUCUUGCGGAGCUUUGAAGGUGGCCAUAGUCAUGGUGAGUCAGGCGUUCCACGGCAAGACCCGUGUGAAUCGCCAGCGCGAGGUGCAAGCUCUUCUACGUGAAGACCUCGAUACAGGUCGGCUGCAUGCGUUGUCCCUGAUGCUGAAGACGCCAGAGGAGCACAAGAAGAUGCUGGAAAACCAGGGCAGCUAA